GGAAACCGUGUGACCUAAUUCUGCAUUCUGAUUGGACAUUAGAGUAUCACGCUUCGUAGUACGGGCUUGGCAUUAGAUACAAGAGUUGUACAUGUGCUGCUCAUUGUGCGAGAGGACGUGAUACAGAGAGGAUCGCCAUGUCUGAGGCUGAUUUUAAUAAAGCUGCUGAGGAGGCGAAGGAGUUGAAAACCAAACCAACAGACGAGCAGCUGCUGGCUUUGUAUGCCUUUUACAAGCAAGCGACGGUUGGAGAUGUAAACACUGAGAGACCGGGCAUGCUAGAUUUUAAAGGCAAAGCCAAAUGGGACGCUUGGGCAGCAAAAAAAGGUGUUUCAAAGGAAGAAGCAAGGGCACAGUAUAUAAAAUUGGUGGAAACACUGAAACAAACUCUUGGGUGAUAAAUGGGCGUACUUAACUGGAAGCAUCGUGUUUGCCUGCUGCAAAAUAAUUAAGCUCACAUUCCUCAACCGAUUUUGUAUUGUCUGAACUCUAGUAUUCAACGGUCUGCAGCCAUCCAGAUCGGUUUGCGCUGAAAACAAAGCUUCAAUAAUGGUUAUUAAACAAUAUUUCUACUCUUA